CACAUCUCCAUCAUUCCAUUUUCUUCUCCUUCUUCUUAUUCCUUUUCAUUUCAUCACCACCACCACCACCACUACUUAAACACCUUUCUCUCUUUAAUUCAAUUUAUUAUUAAUUUCUAACCUCUGAAAUCUCGACCACCAUCUCUCUAUAGGCAUCUAUUCUCCCACUCCAAAACAACUAGCUAAAGCAAUAGCCAGCAGCCAUGGUAGACUGUCAUUAUUCACCACAUCUAUUAGGAGCUAUGGAUAGAUUAUGGUUUCAACAAAUAAUAUUGUCACCUCCUGUUGAACCAAUUCAACACCCUCCUGUAACCAAAAGUAACCUUAAACAACUGCCAGAGACCCCUCCGUCAUCCGAUGGUAUAAUGUGUACAAAUUCAUCUCCAAAUCUUGAAUCAACUCUUCUUGAGCAUGAACCUCUCUCAACUAUUUCAGAUUCUUCUCCAAAUUUGAUCUCUGUCAAGGAUUCUGAUGACUUGGAGAAGGAAAAAGAUGAUGAAAUGAAAAUGGAUAGUUACAAGAUGAAAAGGCCAAAGAGAUUAAGUUUACUUGGGAGUAAAACAAGAAGUAGAUUAUCAUCACCUUCAUUACAACAUACGCUUCCAACACAUAUAACAAGAAACAAAGUAAUUGAUGUUCAUGGAAACAUAAUAACAUCAACAUCAUCACCAUCACCAUCAAUGAGUAAACUAAGAAAAACAAUGAGUUGUAAAAGUCUAUGGGAAUUAGAAUAUGAAGAAGUAAAAGGUUUUAUGGAUUUAGGUUUUAGAUUUGAUAAAGAACAAAUUUGUCCAAGAAUGAUGACUGUCAUUCCUGGUUUACAAAGACUUGAUUCACUUGAAUUCCAAGAACUCAUAUCUUCAUCUACAUCUACAUCAUCACUUCAAGAAGAAAACGAAGAAGAAGAUCAAGAAGAAGAAGAAGUUGUUGAAAGACCUUAUUUAUCAGAAGCAUGGUUGAUCAAGAAGCCUAAUUCUCCAUUACUAAAUUUGAGAAUGCCUCAUGUUACAGCUUCAAAUGAUAUGAAAAACCAUCUUAAGUUUUGGGCAAGAACAGUUGCUUGUGCAGUUCAAUUAGAAGUCUGAUCAGCAGAACUAAUAAUUACAUAUAAUCAAUUUUUACUACUGAACCGACAGAAGUUACGGAGACUCAUGAUCAUGUUUUUGUACAGGCACUAUCGUAUGUAAUUAAUGGUGUUUCUGUUACUAGGUACUGAUAAAUUUUUCCUUGAACUCGAAGAGGGAAAGGAAGACGAGUCGAUAAAUAAUAAUGGGAAUUAAGUGUUCUAAGUC